AUGAAAAUUUUGAAUUGGAAAAUUCAAGUUCUCUACUUCUCUUUCUCACUAUCCGCGGCUGCCAUUGUGGUGCCGGAGCCUCAACAUUCAAGUUGUCGAUGUCGGCCACAUGAAAACUGCUGGCCCACGCAGCAGCAAUGGUCGACGCUAAACAACACGAUACACGGCAACUUGGUGGCUGUUCGACCCGUUGCAUCAGUCUGUCAUGCGAUGGAAUAUGAUGCAAAGGCAUGUAAUGCCACAACUGAGCUUUGGACAAACUCUGUCUGGCGUUCAGCCCAGCCAGGCGCUGGACAGUGGGAGAACUGGGAGGCAUGGCCCGAGCAUCAUGAAACAUGCUAUAUCGAAUCACCACGGAACAGCAAAUGUGGACAGGGUCGCAUCUCCUUAUACUCAGCCAAGGUUCAGACCAAAUUCCAUGUUCAAAAAGCCGUCCUGUUUGCAAAAUCCCACAACCUAAGACUUGCGAUCAAAAACACCGGCCACGACUUUUUGGGCCGGUCGACGGCGCCAGAGUCAUUGCAGAUCUUGACGCACGAAAUGAAGGACAUAAAAGUAGUGGAAGACUUCAGUCCUAAGGGUGCUCCCAAUCGCAAAAGUGAGGGUCCUGCAGUGACUAUGUCGGCCGGCGUGCAAUUGCCUGAGCUGUAUCUUGCGGUUGCAAAGCACAAUAGAACGGUGAUUGCAGGAUCUUCACAUACCGUGGGUGCUGCCGGUGGAUAUAUACAAGGAGGUGGGCAUAGUCCAUUUGGUGCCUGGAAGGGUCUGGCAUCAGACAAUGCACUCGAGUUUGAGGUUGUGUCUGCCAAUGGUACUAUUGUCACCGCUAAUUCAUAUCAAAACUCGGAUCUCUUUUGGGCCUUGCGAGGUGGAGGUGGAGGAACAUUUGGCGUCGUGACAAGUGCCACUGUCCGUACACACCCGGAGGCACCAGUUGUUGUAUACAACUUCAACAUUACCACCAUCGGUGGUGAUUCCAGGUUCUGGGACGCCUUCAGUGCAUUCCAUGCAGCUCUUCCAUCACUCAAUGAUGCCAGGGGCUCUGGAUACUAUUUUGGACUCCCCAAUUUGCCCAUUGAUCAGAAUACCACGGUGUCCACCAUUAUUUCUUUGCUCAUGUUCCCAGAGAAGACGGACGUGAACGAGAUUGCCAAGUUAUACGUGCCAUUGAAGGCCAAGCUCAAGAAGAUCGGAGGGGUCAAGGUUGAUUCUAUGCCAAUUCCAUUUCCAAGUGUCAACUCGACGAUCUUUACAAUCCUCCUCGCCGGGUCAGAUACCGAUAGUACUGGAAGCCUUAGCGCCCUGCUCGUCUCGCGAUUAUUCUCCAGGGAUUUGAUGCUAUCAGAUAGGGGUUUAGAACGGCUGACAGAGGCCUGGAAGAGCAUCCGUUGGGAUCCAUUCUCUUCGUUCACCGGACAUGUGGUUGCCGGUCCCGCUGUUGCUGCUAACAAAAAUAUCGACAGUGCCGUCAACCCAGCAUGGCGGAAGACAGUGUCGCACAUGUUAUUUGGCAGAGGCUGGGAUGAAAAUGCCACCUUGACGCAGCAGAAGGCCAUGAUCAAGAAUAUGACCGAUGUGGAGAUUCCAAUCCUGCGGUCGGUUGAAGGAGAGGACCAGAUGGGCGCCUACGUGAACGAGGCGAAUGGCUAUGAACCUGGGUUCCAGAAAGCAUUUUGGGGUGAGAAUUAUCAUCGUCUAUACAAAAUCAAACAGAAAUGGGAUCCAAAUGGCUUGUUCAUUUCUCGCAAGGGUGUUGGCAGUGAGGACUGGGACGACGCCGGCCUGUGCAAGGUCAAAGCCUAG